AUGUUUACUCGUCGUAUACUUGAAUUGCUCUAUGAAGAUGAUGAGGAACUCGAACGCCUUGAACAUAUUCGCCAUAUCAAUGAAUUGCUCGACUCUGAAAUGAUUCCAGUACGUGGUGGAUCACAUCCUGGUAGAAGGUAUAUCUACC